AUGACGUCUAUUGUACGUCGUAUAACUCGCUCAGUUGUGCAAGGCAGUCGGCGUACGCUCUCUACACGUGCUAUGCAUCAUGUAGUGCCUGUUCUGUCCAUGCAGCAUCGUUUCUUCUCUGCCAAGAGCGACGAUAACUCGCAUUCCGACUUUCAGCCGCAAUAUCACGCCGUUAAAUCGAAUGACAAGGACGAGAUCCUCAAAAUGAUUGCGAAUCAUGUCAAGACGUAUCCUGUAAUGCUUUAUAUGAAAGGAACGCCAUCAUCUCCGCAGUGUGGAUUUAGUAUGCAGGUCGUACGUAUCCUACACGCACAAGGUGUGAGUUUUGACAGUGUUAAUGUGCUGGAUCACGCGGAGAUUCGUGAGGGUGUCAAGGAAUAUUCGCAAUGGCCGACGAUUCCGCAGCUCUAUGUGAAGGGUGAAUUUGUAGGUGGUUGCGACAUUAUCACGGACAUGAACAAGUCUGGUGAAUUGGCUGAGCUAUUGACGGAAUUCAAGAAGAAGUAG